AAUUACUUGGUGAGAGUGUUUAAUGGUGGUAAAGUAAUAAUUAUAAAACAAAAUCAAUAUUAGUAAAAUAUUUAGUUGAAAAUGAAGAAAUUUUUAAUGCUCGCAUUUAUUUUCUUUCCUCGUAAUUGUUAAUACAUUACUGUUCUCUCCCUCCAACUCAUCCACUCACUACUUUACUCCCUUUGCUUGCUCCUGUUUUUUUAUUUUUAAAGUUUCUGGUUCUGUAUUCUCUCCUCUCUAAAUUUUUUUAUGGAAGCUUGAUCUCGUCGGAUUUCUGGGUUCGUAAAUGUUGUUUUGCUCUAAACUUUGUUGGGUUUUAAAGUUCUUUUCCUUAUAUUCAUAAAGUUUUUGUCUUUUGGGAUUCUUAAUGAUGCUUGUUUGUCUUUUUUUCUUUUUACAUGUAGUGUCACAGGAAGAUUUCAUUCACUCUUAGCAGUGAAAUGAGAGCGAAAAUCUACAGGAGAGAGAGAGAGAGAUUUGUGGUAUUUGAGUGGUGUUGAUUAGCAGUCAAAAAGUUCUUGAUUUCAUGUGUUUUUUUCUUUGGCUUUAGUGUAGUGGGUUUGUACUUUUGACAGCAAAAUCAUAGACAAGUUUGCAAAAUUUUUAGUCGGUUUUUGAUUUUAUUUGCACUGGUGCUACUUACUCUCUUGUUCAACAGCAGGUGAUCUUCUGAAUGCAUUGGCAAAUUUUAGAGCUGUAAAGGAAAUAUGGAAGCGCAUUGUGCUUGGGUUAAGUUUUUAAAUAGGAAAGUACUAUUCUUUUUUUGGGUAAGAUUUUAGAUUCUGAGGUGUUUUUGUGAGAUUUUCAGGGUUUAUCUGCAUUGAACUAGGGUUUUUUACUUCUUGUUUUUUUUUCCUUUCACUUGGAGAUCUCUCAUGGGUUCCAUUUGAGGCUUUGAGAAAACAAAAGUACACGAGUGUUUAUUAUUUUCUACGUACAGAAGUAUUGCUACUUUUGUUUGAAUCUGUGAUCUGAAGUGAAGUUGUAAAAGGGAUCUCAUUUUCCGAGGAAGAGAUCCUCCUUUGCUUAUGGAUUUCUUCAAAGUCAAAAGAUUCAGAAAAGCUCACAAGAGGGACCCAGAAAAGGCUUUAGAAGAUAAAUCUGUGCCACAGCAAGAGCAACCAAAGAGUGAGAAUGGCGGUGGAGAUUUGGGUAAACAAUCCCCUAAAACUGACCUUGCUGCCGAAUUUGAGGAUGAUGAUGAUGAUUUCAUAACAAAUGAGGUGAAGAGAAGGUUGAAAGAACUAAGAAAAAACAGCUUUAUGGCAUUGAUUCCUGAGGAAGAGGAAUUAUUUGCAGAAGAGGAUGAAGAAGGAGAGGAAGGGGGUGAUACAAGCUCCAGUGAGUGGAGGGACGUUGAAGCUGAAGUUCAGCAAUGGUGGGUUGGUUUUGAUGCUGCAUAUGACAAGUACUGCGACCGCAUGCUCUUCUUUGACCGGAUGAUCUCACAGCAACUCAAAGAAGAUGGCACCCAAGUCCCCCCAACUCCAUCACCAAGGUCUGCAUCUAAGAAGCUUACAUCUCCUUUUCGGUGCCUUUCUUUGAAGAGCAUUGACGAUGAAGAAGAAACUGAACAUCUGCAGCAGCCACAGUGUGAUCCAUGUCAGGAUCUUGAAGUAGCCUAUGUGGCUCACAUUUGCUUAACUUGGGAAGCACUUCAUUGUCAAUAUGCUCAGCUGAACCAAGUAAUCUUAUGUCAACCUGAGAAGCCCACCUCUUACAGCCACACUGCCCAGCAGUUUCAACAAUUUCAAGUUCUGUUACAGAGGUUUAUUGAAAAUGAACCUUUUGAGCAAGGUGUCCGACCUGAAAUUUAUGCUCGUGCAAGGAAUCUUUUGCCUAAACUGCUGCAGGUUCCUAAGGUUCAAGGUACAGUUGAAAAAGAGAUGGUGGAUGUGGAAUCAGAUUUGACAGUCCAUGUCCCUGAACUUCUCAGGAUAAUUGAGAACUCCAUUAUUACUUUCUACAUUUUUCUGAAAAUGGAUAAAAGAAAAGCAAAUGGUGUUCUUAACUUGUUUGUGAGCUGGGAAGAAUACCUAAGGAUACAGUUUCUUGGACAGGAUAAGAUGAGUGAAUCAACCUGCUUCUAA